GCUGGCAAUUGCCUUCAAUCAAGAAGGAGGGCGCACGCUAUAAAACACGCAUGCAAAUCCCAGGCAAUAAUGCAUCCUGUUUAAUUUCCUUAUCGCAGUAACUGAGCUGAGAAAAAAUGUCCGGUCGUGGGAAGAAAGUCGCUGCUGUUACAGCCAAGACAUCCAUAUCCCGCUCCUCCCGAGCUGGUUUACAAUUCCCUGUCGGUCGAAUCGCUCGCUUGCUGCGUAAAGGCAACUAUGCACCGCGUAUUGGGAGCGGGGCGUCAAUCUACCUGGCUGCUGUCAUCGAGUACCUGUGUGCGGAGGUGUUGGAGUUGGCUGGGAACGCCUGCAAGGAUAACCGAAAAAAGCGUAUCGGCCCACGUCACAUCCAGCUUGCUGUUAGGAACGACGAGGAGCUCAACACCCUUCUUGGUGCGGUGACCAUCUCGGAGGGCGGUGUCCUUCCAAAUAUUCACGCUCAGCUGCUCCCCAAGAAGACCAUGAGGGAUGACUCGAGCAAAGAUGUUAAUUCCCAAGAAUUUUAACUUAUUUUUAUAAAUUGUAUGUUUAUGCACUUGUUGUCUUUAAUAAAAACUUUAUUAUAUA